AUUUUCCUUUUUAAUCAUCAUUGUAAUCAGCGGCAUGCGUUCAUCACUAUGGAGUUCAUCCGUGGGGGCAGCAUUGAAGAUCAUCUGGCAAGAUAUGGACAUCUGGAGAUGAGCAGAGUACUGUAAGUAUUGGAUGGGAUUGUGCUUUAGUUGAAAUGAACUGGCACAGAAAAUGCAUUAUAAUUCUAUUGAGUAAUUGUGCAAUAAAUACAUGGGCAAUUAUAUGAAUUAUGUAAACUAUUUUCUUUUUAGGUUCCAUUCAGCGGAGAUUGUUUGUGGUCUGGAAUUCCUCCACCGCAGCGGCAUUGUCCAUCGGUCAGUAUAGCUCUGGUCUCUCUAAUGUUUAAAUUGUUAUUAUUUCUAACACCUGUAUAAAUACUUUAUUCUCUAUUACAGAGAUCUGAAGCCCGAAAACAUCAUGCUGGAUCAAGAGGGUCACAUAAAAAUAUGUGACUUUGGUCUGGCAGUUAAGAACAUGUUCGGUGACAGGACCAUCAUUGGCCGAGCAGGGACACUUGGAUACAUGGCACCAGAGGUAAGAAAUACAAUUCCAUAUUUUUACACCAUUUACACCACCACUGGAGAAUUCAUUUGUUAAGUGAAUUAAUUCUGGUAUUUUCUUUUUGUUUCCCAGGUCCUGCAGAAGAGGCGCUACAAUGUGGCAGUUGACUGGUGGUCAUUGGGCAUAAUCAUAUGUGAAAUGGCCACUGGUAUUAGCCCAUUUUAUGAUGGUAGCAACAAUGAGAAAGUCAUUCAGUCUACCAUCAAUGAUGAGCCGAACAUCCCUCCUUCCCUGAAUGAAGAUUUGAAGGAUCUUCUAGGAAAGCUCCUGGAAAAGGAUCCUCAGAAGCGUCUCGGUGUUUAUGGGAGCGUGAGACACCACCCAUUCUACUCAUCGAUCAACUGGGUGGAGCUGGAGAGGAAGAGAAUACCACCCCCUUUCCAGCCAAAAGCAGUAAGUAUGUUUUGCCAAACACUAAAAAGGAAUGAAUGCUCACUGGUACACACAAUAUUUCUCUUCUGCCUAUUUGAUUUUUUACAUUAUUUAUUGCCUUACCAGAAUAUUGUACUGUACAAAAUCAACAGUGCUAUUUAUUUAUGACCACUUGGAUGUAAUAUCAGUAUUUAAUGCUUUUUUUAUU